UCUAAAUUCGAAAAAAUAAGCGAAAUCAAAUUUGAAUUGAAUCGAAAUUGUUUGAUUAAAUCAUUCUCAAUUAAAUCUUUCAUCUUCGCGUUUUUGCAAUUUUUAUUCUCUUCAAAAAUUUUCCGUUUACAUCGUACGUAUACGUGUGUGUAUGCGUAUACAAAUAUAUUGAAGAUAUAAAGAAAUGUCUCGUUUAAUGUUAUGUAACCUUGGCAAUGCAUCCACGGCAGGAAAUGAUACGAAUAACAAUGCGAAUACAAAUAGUAGCAUGGAGGACGAUGACUACUAUCCGCUACCUACUAUUUAUCGCUGCCGUGCACCUAUAGCGAGUCUAGAUUGCAUGGAAGAAUUCAACGGUGGUGGUGCCGGUGGUGGUGGCGGUGGCGGUGGCGGUGGUGGUACUGUGGAUUCUGGUAUACACUGUAGUAAUACCGCUGGAACGAAGGAACAGCUACUGACUAACUGCAUUGCCGCACAAGCGCAACGCUUACAGCAUCCUUCGCCAGGUAUUCGCUACCGCAACUUGGGCAAAAGCGGUCUACGUGUUUCCAAUGUUGGAUUAGGUACAUGGACAACUUUUGGCAUGGGAAGUUGCAGUAAUGAGGAAACAGCAGAAGCUGUAGUUGCGCUAGCUUACGAAAGUGGAAUAAAUGUGUUCGAUUUAAGCGAAGCCCAUAGCGGUCAUAGAGCAGAAAUUCAAUUUGGACGAAUUUUAUUACGUCGUGCUUGGAAUCGUUCAAGUUACGUUGUUACCACUAAAAUAUAUUGGAAUACGAAAGCGGAAGGUCGUGGAUUAUCACGGAAACAUAUAAUCGAAUCAGUCCAAGCAUCUUUAGUCAGAUUACAAUUAUCAUAUAUCGAUAUUGUAAUGAUUCAUAAAGUAGAUCCAAUGUGUCCCAUGGAAGAGAUAGUACGUGCUAUGAAUUACAUAAUAAGCAAAGGAUGGGUAAUGUAUUGGGGAACAUCUCGUUGGACUCCAGUCGAAAUUAUGGAAGCUUACACGAAUUGCCGACAAUUUAAUUGUGUCACACCGAUCGUAGAACAAGCCGAAUAUCAUUUAUUUUAUAGAGAAAAACCAGAACUUUAUAUGCCAGAAUUAUAUAAUAAAAUCGGUGUUGGUUUGAUGGCGUGGUCUACAGUAACGAUUGGUAUGGUUUCCUCAAAGCCUGAAGAUUGUGGUGUCUCUUUUUUUUCGAGAUCUUCCUAUAAGAACAAGUAUUCGUCAUUCAGUUGGACAGAAGACGAAACACAAUCUUUGUAUAAAGAACAGGAAUAUGGUUGGAAAGAGAAAUCAGCCGAUGACGAAACACGAAAAUAUUCAGAUAAGCUACGAGACGUAUGUGCACUUGCCGAACGACUCGGCUGUUCCUUUGGACAAUUGGCUAUUGCAUGGUCUUUAAAAAAUGAAAGUGUUCAGUGCCUUCUUCUCGGUGCAUCAAACAUUGAUCAAUUAUACGAGAGUCUUCAAAGUUUACAGCUAAUUCCAAAAUUAAAUGCCAACAUAAUGAACGAAAUUGAAAGAAUUCUCGAUAAUAAACCAUCGCGACCUCCGAUGAUUUCAACAUUGGCACUCAGAUGACAAUCAAUUUGCCCCCACGGAAGUGGUGGGGGCUCUUUAGAGGAUGGAGGUAGCCCAAAAAGCGAAGGUGCUAAUAGUCAAGAUCAAGAACAAACUAAAGAACUAACCGGCAAACUACCAUUUUGCGAGAUACAAUGAAACAAUGUUAGAUAUAUUUAUAUAUAUUCAGACAUAAUUUGAUCUUGAUCGAAUGAAAUUGGAUCGAUUAAAAUUGAAUUCAAGAUGACAAAAUUGUGUCAAGAAAGGUCACAUAAAGUUAAACGAAAAAGAAAAAAAUAUUAAUUAUUAGUUCACGUUGUCCCAUAUUCAACGUGUCAAACGCGAAUACAUGUACAUUAUUAUGUACUUAUAUCCACGUAAAAAUGAAUCAACGACAAUACUUAUAGAUACGAUUGCAAUUGCAAUUAAAAUUAUAAAUAAUUAGCGAGAAAUAUUUGCAAGAUAAAUUCCAAACAUAAUUUUCAUUCCUUGAUGCAUAUAUAUACGAUUAUUCUUUUUGCAAUUUUCUUGGAAUAGAUGAAUUUAAAUAUAAAAAAAAAAGAUUUAAAAUUAUUCGAUUAUAAGUUUACGUUUUAAAGAAAAAUGAUAAGUUCUUUAUGAAUUUAUUCACAAUUUCCUAUGCAAAGUAUUCAUUCGAAAUUAGAUAAAAUUGUAGAUUCUUUAUUAGAAUUAUGUAAGAUAGUAUAGUUAUUUCCUUCCAUUUUGAAAAUUUUGAAAAAGUUCUUUAUAUCAUUUUAUUUUAUUCUUUCACGCAUUUUAUCUGUGCUUCAAAAAAAUCAAAUGUGUACAUCAUAAGAAUAAGUUGAAUGAAAUGUGGCAAAUUCAUGUAAUCUCAUACAUUAUUGAUAUAUUUUUCAAUGUAUUAAUUCAAACUUCAUUACUACUGUUUCUUUCAUUAUCAAUCAUUUAUUCGAUUCUUUUUUAUCAAAUGUCACGUAAAUAAUUCUUGCUAUGCCCUUCAUAAUUACAGAUCAGUUCGAAUUAGUUGACUAGUUAUUUUGCCAGUUAACUAAUUUACCGAAUAAAUUAUGUAGGAUAGAUAAGUGGUAUAGGCGAAUAAAUAUAUAAAUAAAUAGGCGUACUUAAGGUAAGUUGUUAAAUAAGUAUGUAAAUAAAUAGAUAAAUAGAUAAUAAAUAGAUAUAUGAAAGCACGAACAGCGAUAAACAUAAAAAUUAUAUAAAAUUUCACGUAAGAAAAAAUACGUGAUAAUACUCGGAAAAAAAAAAUAAUGAUAAGGAAUAAAGAUUUUGUAGAUUGUUACGUACAUGUAGCAGAAGUGUGAUAUAAGAACGUUUCCAUUCUACUUUUAUUGGAUUCGUUCAACUAUCCGCUGUCUCUUAUGAGUAUUUAUAACGUAUCUAUAUGCAAUGUCUUAGAGCAAUGUCUUUUUUGCAUUUGAUUCUUUAAAUGAAAACCGUCCUAAUGACAUGAUACUGCGUAAAACUUCGUAAAUUAAUAAAGCCAUUUUCAAAUUAUAUCAUUCACAAAUUGGAUAAAAUGAAGUACCUAUAAAGAUGAAAUUUGUGUACAUUUUAUGCAUAUAUAAUAAAAAUGAGAAUAGAAUGUGAAAAAAAAUGAAGUAAAUAAUAACUGAAAGAUGAAAAAGAGAUGAGGAGAAAGAAAUGACUUGGAUAAAAUUUGAAUUAAAUUCGAAUGAAUUUAAUCAAAUUCCGAUAAAAUAUAAAAAUGAUGAAAUAAUAGGAAGUUCCGAUCAUUGACGAUUGUAAGUAUAUAAUACUUUACUUAAUAUAUUCAUAAUUAUUAAUUGCUACAAUUACAUUGACAUUUAGCGAUUCUUUGAUCUGUAGUGUGUAUUAAAAUAGAAGAAUAUAAUAUAUAUAUAUAUUACAUACACACUCAGAUAAUAUGGCAUAUUCGUUGGUGAGAUUGGUCUCAGUAACUAUGAGAUUAACUAUCGGUAAAAAAAUUGAUAAAAUACUAAUCAUUGAUAUAUGAAUAUGCUAUAAAUAUGCCAAUUACGCUGGCUAAGUUGUAGCUAAGCUUUUACUAAUCACGCUAAUUAUUUAGCGAUUUUUCAUGCAAAUUACAAUCUUUAUAUUUUCCACUCAAAUUUUUAUCAGAACAUAAUAUAUUAUAUAUAAUAACUUCAUAAUAUAAAUAAAUUCAUUAAAUAAAGAUACAGAGACGAGAUCAUAUAUAUUUAUCAUGAUCUCAAAAACAUGGCAAUUAAUUAGAAAACUGUCAUGCAAAUUUUUCAGAGAAUCCAACAAUUUCAAGAAUUUGAAAUCUUAGAAAGAAAUUAAACUGCCAAAACGUCGAUCAUUUUGUUGUUAAAUAAUUAUGGUGCGAACGAUCGUUAAAAUACACGAAAUGCCUCAAUUGUGUUCCGCGCCAAUAAUCUCAGUGUAAUCAAUAAUAAUUGAUAAAAUAUGAUUUAAAGCUAGAUAAGAAAGAAUAAAUAGAAAUGAAAAAAAAAAAAUAAAAAAAAGUAAAGGUAAAGAGAGAGGUCGGAAAAUAAGAGCAAUAUAAAAAUUAUUAAGAUAUGAUAUAUUUAAUUAUAAAUCAAAUUGAAAAUAAAUAGAUAAAUCUUUUAUAUAAA